CCGGAUAUUUUACCACCAGGCUGCGUAUGCGCGCCGUUCCGCACAGAAAUAAUUAUCAAACUUCAACUCAGCCUGCGCACAUACCUUCGAUUCCACUUUCAAACCGUCUUCCUCCUGUUCUGUUUGCUUUUUCUGUUAGUCAGACAUGGAAAAUACUUUUACAAAGAAAACGAGAGAAAGACUAUUAUCAUACUGACUAUAUUGUGAGACUGACUUAUUCUGUACUUGACAGCUGUUCAUUUUGGGUUUUAAAUAUUGGAGUUUUCCUCUAAUUUAAGGUUUAAAUGUUUUAAAGCCUAAAACAUGUUCACAAGCGGCAUAAAGACUCUGAAUGAUAUGGUACUUGGCUCUUGGUCUCAGACCCCAGAAGAGCACAGUACUGGUGUCUUGGGUCGGAUCGGGAGCUGGUUCUCCCCCUGGAAAGAAAGAGGGAGCCCCAGGAGUCCAAGUGACGAUGCCUCUCAGUCCCCGACGGAAGACCAGAGCCCCAGGCCACAAGGAGAGGGGGCCCAGGAGGAGCCUGUGAGGGGAGAAGAGGAGCAGCAGAAGGAGGGACAGAAUUCCCAGCCUGCCCAGCGGCAUCUCUCCAGGGUUUUUGAGGAGUGGAACACGGCGGACGCCAGAGCGUCUACCCACAGGGACAGCCCCCUCUCUGCAGCCAGCAGCCAGAGCGAGUGGGGAGAAGGAGGAGGUCCUAGGGAGGAGGAGUGGUGGAUUGCCUCGCAGGGAGAGGAAACGGAGGAGGAGGGGGGAAGGAGCAGUGGAGCGAGUGGGAAUCCUGCCCCGAAGAGGAAUGCCAGCAAUCUGACACGUGUUCAUUCAUCUGCCCUUGAAGAGGGAGUGGCCUGGGAGGACUUUGACCGACAGGAACACACCCAGGCCCUGCCCCGAGCCCAAGUCCAGGCAGGCAAGAGGCUGCAUGUGUACCUGGAGGAGACGAGCCUGAGCCUGAGCCAGAACGGAACGAACACCCACACAAAGCAGGAAGUGCCCCACGCCAUCAUCACCACCAGGGUGAAGAAAAGACUUCAGGUGGUUUCCAGAGCAAAAUCAUCCAAGAGUGUUGACUUGUCAUCAGAGAACACCAAUACAAAGGAGAGGACAGAGGAGCGCAAAAGGAUUUGUCUCAAAGCUGCUAUAGGGAUCAAAGGUCAUAGCAGUUACAGUGCCCUGGUGGGAGUGUCACUGAAGUCCCCCACAGAGACACAGACGAGCUCACAAACCAUCCCUGAGCUCUCUGGUGAAGAGGAGUCAGACAGAGACACAGACACGAUGGGCCGUAAGAACUCAGGCAAGAGGCGGUCCAGGAAGAACUCCUCCGGAGACGGAGGAGGAGCCAGUUCUCAGGAGAAUACACCCACCAAAACCCAGCCUGGACCCGAGAACUCACCUACAUCAUCAGAAUAUAACACACCUAAACCUGGAGACUCCACCCCCUCCUCUUCUAAAGACGAACAUGCUUCAGUUCCCCAAAAAAUAUGCAGAGGGAAGGAGAGGGAGGAAGCCCAGGAGGACCUAGACGCACCAGUACACGCCACCCUGGUGGCAGUGGUGGACGGGGAAGGGGACAUGGACAUAGACAUGGUUGACGACACUAGCCCAUGUCGGGUGGAGAGGCGCACGGAGAGCGCCGAGUCCAAACGCCGGAGCGUGAAGGUGUCACACAGCGAGGUGAAGUUCUUUGCGAAGAAAGUGAUGGUGAACUCGGAGCAGCCACUGAGUCCAGAGGGAGAUGGAGGACACAUAGCCGUGAGCUUUGAGAAAGGAGGAAUGGCUACAGGAAAGGUCACGGAGGGUCAUGAUACAGCUAAGGGAAAGGGCAAGGUGGAACCGAAGGUGACCAAGAGACCACCUGAUUUAAAGAAAGUGGACGAGGAAUCCAAGACUCCUCAGCCUAUUGGGCGGAUCGCAGAUAGGAUCAGCCUUUUUGAGGGGAGAGCGAUGGGGGUUGCCAGUCCCAGUAAGACUUACCCCAGGAGUGCAGAUGUUUCUCCCACCAGGAAAGUCACAGAACAGCUAAGAACAAAUGUAAACAGAGAGCUCAGGUUGCCAGAUCAGCGGGAGAAAUCGGUGGAACGUGGCGAUGCCAGGUCCAGCUCGGCCCCCCCUGUUCGGGAGAAAUUAAAAACGAUACGGGAGCGGGCGAGGAACUUUGCAGAGGCUCAGAAGGUGGAUGAUAAAACAAUGGUACCCCACAAGUCCUCUAGUAUUGCAGGAAUAGCUGAAAAGUCUACAGAUUCUGCUGUGUCAAAGACAACAAAACAGGACAUUCGGGGAAAACUGGCCAGCGGGGAAAAGACUCCUACUCGGAGCACCCCAAAGGCAGAGAUAACAUUGAAACCAGCGGAGCCAGAUACCACCCCAGUAGGGGUCAUGCCAGUUCCUAAAGCAGAUCAGACAGACUCCAAAACAAAGGACAAAGAGGCUACUGAAACAGUGGAGCUACCAAAGAGACCUACCAAUAUUGACCUAAAUACUUCAGUUAAAGGGGGGAGUAGCUCAGACUCAAGCCAGCUGACACCUCAGGUUGACUCAACCAAUGAGGUCAACCCACAAUCCAAAGCCAACAGCAGACAAAACUCCAGGUCAAAGAGACGGAAAAGCAAAGGAGGGGAGUCAGCCAAUCACCUGAACCCGAGCUGUGACAUCAAACAGGAAGUGACAAACACUGAGCAGGAAGUGCUCAACAGCAAACAGGAAGAGGCAGGCACCACAAAGAAAAUGGCCACUGCAUUUGAGCAGGACGUUAAUACAGUUACAUCGCCACAAUACAGUCAAUCUGUAGACGUAAAAUCAGAUGUUAAAAAAGAGUCUGUUAGUGAAAACAGCCAACAAGUAGUCAUUAAAAAGCCAGCAGCCUCAGACAAGCAGAUCAAGUCAUUGUCAGAUGAAAAGGAAAAUUCUAACAAACCGUUAAAGGAAAAGAUGCAAUCACCCACACCUCCAAACGUCAACAAAGACAAUAAAAUGGCUACCUCUGAUCCUAUCAGUGUAAGAAAGGGGCCCAAUGAUCAAACUGUAGACAUUAUACCCUCACAGAGUUCCAAGGGAGAGAAGGCAGAGGGGGGAAGCUCUGAGACGACCUCUACCAUUAAGAUAAAUCUAAAUGUUUCCAAGGACAACAGCGAAACAUCCCUGUCUUCACAUUUGCCUAAGAAUAAACAGACUCUUGUUCAAGACCCCUCUCGUGUGGAGAAAGGCUCACCUGUCCCACACGCUAAAGUCGACAACAGACCAAUGCAGCCUGAAAAGAAAGCGGUGGAAAUGGUAAAACAGCCUGAGAAAAAUACAGAUACAAAGUCAGAGAAGGAUUUUCCUUCAGGCAGUAGACAAUACACCCCUGAGACAGCUGCUACUAAAGCUGUCCCAACCUCUGUAGCUCCUAUUAAACCUCCAGCCUCACUGACUCCUACACAGCCUUCUCAGUCAGAUAAAACUGCCAGUGUUGUCACUCAGAUUGAUGAGACAGCGAUGGGAAAAAAGAGUGAUAAAUGUGCAAUCGAGCCUCCUAAGGAAGGGUCGUCUACACGUGUGCCUGAGCAGAAAACAAAAUCGGAUCAUCAGGACCCUUUAUUAGAAAAGCAGCAAACCAAUGUCUCAAAGCAGACCCAGUCUGUAAUGUCAUCUGAGGCGAAGACAGAUAAACCUAGCCACGACACACUGACACACAGAGUGAGGCCUACUCCAGAACCCACCCCCUCAGUGCCUAGCACUACAGUGCCAGUAGUAGAGAAGGACACCUCUGUAAAAACAGAAAGCAAGGCCUCAAAACCUACAGAGGUAGAUUCUACUCAGAAUCCUUCGGAUACCAAAGCCCCAGAAAAGACAAAGGGUCAGGGGGAGAAAGAACUACCUGGGCCAAAGCCGAAGAGCAGUGAGGGGUCAAGUCUGGAUGGUGGGAAGGAGAACUCCACUGCUGUAAAAACAGCAAGCAAGGCCUCAAAACCUACAGUGGUAGAUUCUACUCAGAAUCCUUCGGAUACCAAAGCCCCAGAAAGGACAAAGGGUCAGGGGGAGAAAGAACUACCUGGGCCAAAGCCGAAGAGCAGUGAGGGGUCAAGUCUGGAUGAUGGGAAGGAGAACUCCACUGCUGUAAAAACAGCAAGCAAGGCCUCAAAACCUACAGAGGUAGAUUCUACUCAGAAUCCUUCGGAUACCAAAGCCCCAGAAAAGACAAAGGGUCAGGGGGAGAAAGAACUACCUGGGCCAAAGCCGAAGAGCAGUGAGGGGUCAAGUCUGGAUGUUGGGAAGGAGAACUCCACUGCUGUAAAAACAGAAAACAAGGCCUCAAAACCUACAGUGGUAGAUUCUACUCAGAAUCCUUCGGAUACCAAAGCCCCAGAAAGGACAAAGGGUCAGGGGGAGAAAGAACUACCUGGGCCAAAGCCGAAGAGCAGUGAGGGGUCAAGUCUGGAUGAUGGGAAGGAGAACUCCACUGCUGUAAAAACAGCAAGCAAGGCCUCAAAACCUACAGCGGUAGAUUCUGCUCAGAUUCCAUCGGAGACUAAAGCCCGAGAAAAGACAAAGGGUCAGGGAGAGAAAGAACUACCUGGGCCAAAGCCGAAGAGCAGUGAGGGGCCAAGGCUGGAUGUUGGGAAGGAGAACUCCACUGUAAAGACUAUAGCCCCAGAGGUAAAAAAGUCAGAGGAUGUGAAGGAGGGGAACACUCCAAGCCAAUCACAGAGUGAGGACAGAGAAAAGACAGUGAUGUUGCCCAAUGGAAAGCUAGCAGAGGGAAAAUGGGAUGCACUUGAACAAAAGUCAUCUACUAGUAGUUGUACUACUACUGUGAAAGAAAGGACAACUGAUGAAAAGCAAGGAAUUGUGGUAACAAAUCCUACACUGGUUGGGAAUGUCGAGAUCCACCCGGUAACACAACUCAAGACAACCAAUGAGAAAUCAACAUUUUUCCCCAGUUCAGGCAAAGUUCCGAAGAUACUCUCUUCUACUGAAACCACCAAAAAACAGAGCCCAGUCUCUCCCCAACAUCCAUCCCUGAAUAAGCUCCCCUUACUGGGGGGCGGUGGCAGUGGCUUGCCACUCCAACGCGACACCCCCUCCAGCUGGCUAGACGUGGACCAUCGCUUUCCCAAGCCGAAGCUCCUCCGCCCCGCUGAACCCAAGCUCAGCUCAUCGGUCAGCGAGAGCAACCUCUUGGACACGUCCGGAGAACUGGACGACGAUGACUUCAUCGAGAACAUAAAACGCCUUGGCGUGCCUUUCUCGUUGCCACCGCGGCAGAACCACCACCACCAUCCUCUCAAGCCACCAUUCGCAAUGCCCGCUAUCCGGGAGGACCGCUUCGAGAAGACCUUUGACCCAGAGGAGUUCCAGUUCGGCCUGAGGAGGAAGAGGGAGUUUUCUGUGGAGACGACCCAGAGUCUUCUGCCUAAGCUCCAGAGGAACCAGGUCAAAGGGGAGCUGAAGCCGGCCAGGGCCAGCAUCACAGACCGGGACAGGGGCAGCAUCCUACUCAAAAGCCUCGACACCCGUUCCAGGCUCCUCUUGGAGAGGGAGAAGACCACCAUGGAGGAGGGUGAGGAGAAGAGGAAGGAAGGGGGUGAGGGGGAGGAGAAGGAAGAGGAGGAGGCGAAGGUGGUGAAACCUCGUAUGUCACGCUUGGAGGGGAGCUGUAUCCUUAGUAGCCUGAACAGCUCCUCCACCCGGGGCAAGAGGCCCGGAAUUCAACUCCAGAUGGACACCACUCCGGGUGGGGAGGUGUCUCCCACUGAGGCCCCUCACCUCCAGCCCAGCCCUUCACCAGUCACUAAGCCAUCCCAGACCAACCCCCCUUUCUCUGGGGAGCUCAGACAGGCAUUGGCCAAACAGCCCAGCCCUCCACCACCAGUCCCCCAGACUUCCCCCACUUCCUCUGGGGAGGCUACCAUCCAAAGUCGUAACCUGGGGAACAGGCCCUCUGCCCAGACUGCUGUGGUCAGUGACUCAGCUUCUCCGUUCCCGUCCUUUAACGACAUCAAGCUGCCGGAGUAUUUAGAGAAGUACCUUCCUCUCCGAGAGCCUGCUGGGAAACUAGAGCUGAGCACAGGGCAGGAACUGCUCAACUCAGAGGUUAUUGGAGGGAUGAAGUCACUUGAAGGAGGUGGUAGAGGAGACUUGAAUAUCAGGCCUGGACUCCUAAUGCUGGAUGGAAGACCGAAUCUUCCUCUGGUUCCUCCAUCCUCCCUACUCGAGGCCAUGGCCCCUCUGGCUGGCCCACUAGGGACUCGUACUGACCAUAGAGAGGAUGUGAAUGGAUUCCAUAGGCGACCAGGAAAGAUGGUGUUGUUUGAGCAUGAUCAGUUUAGCGGCCAGACUUAUGAAGUCUUCAGAGACGUGGUGGAUGCCACCCAGCUCCAACUGUCUCCUAGGAUUUCUGUGAAGGUGUUGAGAGGAUGCUGGGUGCUUUACGAGAGUCCUGGGUUCGAGGGACGUUCCAUUGCCCUAGAGGAGGGGCCUAUUGAGCUAACCAAUGUCUGGGCAGAUGCAGGGCCACCAGGUUCACACCCCCGUGUCGACAUACCAAUGGUCAUCGGCUCCAUCCGACUGGCUGUAUGGGACUACAGCAUUCCCCAUAUUGACUUGUUCACUGAGCCAGAGGGCCACGGCAGGUUAGCACCGUACCAUGACGACACAGUAGAGAUCAGCUCCUUCGGUAUCCCACAGAACACAGCUUCCAUCAAAGUCAACUCUGGAGUGUGGUUGGUGUUCAGUGACCCAGGAUUCCAGGGCCUCCUGGCGGUGUUGGAGAAAGGGGAGUACCCCUAUCCCGAGGCCUGGGGGUUCAACACACCCUUCAUCGGAUCCCUCAGACCCCUCAAAAUGGGUGCCUUCAAGGUGGAGAAUCCUAAUGAAGUCAAGGCUGUGGUGUAUGAGCGGCCUGGCUUUGAGGGAUCCUGUCUGGAGAUCGAUGGGGAAGUGUUCUGUUUUGGAGAUGAAGAGGCAUCAAACCUGGAGUCAAACAGACUGAAGUCAGUGGGCUCUGUGAAGAUCCUCAGAGGACUCUGGGUGGGGUAUGACCAACUAGGGUUUGAGGGUCACCAGCAUGUCCUGGAGGAAGGCGAGUACCUGGACUGGAGGGACUGGGGAGGAAUGACUGAUCAGCUGCUAUCUAUACGACCUGUACUGGCUGAUUUCAUGUCACCACACCUCAAGAUGUUCACUGAGAGAGACUUUGGCGAGCUGGGUGCCAACAUCGACAUCUUAGAGCCUAUCAUCAAUAUAGAGGACACCGGCUAUGGGCUGAAAACGCAGUCGGUUGACGUUAUGGGCGGAGUAUGGGUGGCAUUUGAGGAGGCAGGGUUCUCUGGAAAGGCGUAUGUGUUGGAGAAAGGCCUCUACGGAAACCCAGAAGACUGGGGGGCCCUCAGCUCCAAGAUCGCAUCUGUCAUGCCCGUCAUUCUGGAUAAUCUGGGAAAUUCCUCCAAGUUUAAGAUGCAGUUGUUCUCGGAGCCGGGGUUCCAGGGUUCUGUCCACGUCGUGGAGGACAGUGUUUCUGCCCUGCCACACGGAUUUUCCCUGGGCUCCUGCAAGGUGCUGGCUGGCAGCUGGCUGGCGUUUGAGGGCCAGGGCUUCACUGAGAGGAUGUAUGUGUUGGAGGAGGGGGAUUACCCUGAUCUGAGGGCCAUGGGGUGCCAUGGGGUGGAGCCCAACUCCUCUGUCCUGUCCCUGCAGACUACUGGCUUUGAGUUCUCGCUGCCCUCUGUCACCCUGUUUGAGAGGUCAAGUCUGCGGGGGAAGAGGGUGGUUCUGACCGAAAGCUCGGUUAACCUGCAGCUUGCCGGAGGCUGCAGCCUGGUCCAGUCUGUCCUGGUGGAGGGAGGCAUGUGGGUGCUGUAUGAGGGGAUCAACUACCGCGGAGCUCAGAUACUGCUGAAGCCCGGCGAGGUGCUCGAUUGGCGAACAUUCAGUAGCUGGCAGCGAAUCGGAUCCCUGCGCCCACUGAUCCAGCGACAGGUGCACUUCCGGUUGAGGAGCCAGGAGGGCCUUCUAAUGUCUGUAACUGGGGAAAUGGAUGACAUCAAGCUGAUGCGUAUCCAGGCAACGGAGGAGAUGGGCGGAGUCGAACAGAUCUGGUUCUAUCGGGACGGACAUCUCCACUGCAAGGUGCAGGAGGAUUGCUGUGUGGCUCCGUGCAGCGUGGCCAUGCCAGGCAGUCGUAUGGGCCUUUCACCUGAGCCUGGCAAACAACCCUCCUGCUGGAGCAUCACGCCUGAUGGCCUCAUCCGCUACACCGCCAGCCCUGACUUGCUCCUGGAGGUGAAAGGUGGUCAACACUAUGACAGAAACCAGGUGAUUCUCAACGCGUUUGAUCCAAACAAACCCAACCAAAGAUGGACAGUGGAGAUUCUCUGAGGUCUUGUUUUGAGAGGGAAGAACUAGGUGUAAUCUUUGAGGUGCAGUAUGGUGAGGGGCCUCAGCGCUCUGUGGCGCAGCUGCAGCGUCUCAAGGACAAGAUGCCUCAGGAACAGAACAUUUGCUGCUGGAAGAGAAGCUUAUAUACAGUAUAAUCUUUCCUCUGAGGUCAAGAUGAAAAAUAUAUCACAUUUCCUGGAUAAUCUAUAAUAUCGCAUUACUUCUUCACGAACAAACAGGGACAAAACAAUAGUAUUCAUUACUACAUUAUGGGAAAAUGGACUCAGACUAAACUUGAAAUACUUUACCUACCCUUUAAUAUCUGAUAAUAUACGAGUUUGAUGAAUAAUAUUUUUUGAUGAAUAUGUAUUUUUUUGACAUUUUAUUCCCUUCUGCCAUUAAUGUCCUUAUGUAAAUAAAUCUGUGAUGUGAUUAUA